GGCGUCACUUUCUUCCUUGACCGCGCACGACGUCGUCGAAAUCACUGGCUCUUCCGUCCUCUCUGCGAAUUGAAGCCACAGACGCUUCACCUGCAAAACCUAACUCACCCAAGGUUUUAGCCAAAAGAAAAUGGACACGCACUCUUCGCACCUCACCGCACCGAAUCGCUCACGUAGCUCGCAGUCACCAUCUCCGUCCCACUCGUCCGCCACCUCGUCCAUCCACAAGCGAAAGCUCGCGCCCGAUGACCACGCGCCCCCAUUUCCGCCCUCCUCCUUCUCCGCCGACACUCGCGACGGCGCUUUGACAUCCAACGACGACCUCGAGAGCAUCUCCGCCCGCGGACGUGGUGCCGACGACUCCGACUCCGAAGAGGACUCCGAGGAAGCUGCUGCAGCCGCCGCUGACGACUCCGACGAUGACUCCUCCGCCAUGCGCACCUUCACGGCCGCCCGGCUCGACUCUACCACCACUGGAGGCGGCUCCGGGGGCUCGGCGCGCAUUACGAAGCUCAAGACGGAGAAUCUGAACCCUUCGACUGUGAAGAUCGAGAACUCGGAGUGCGGGAAGGACGGUGGGGCCCAGGGCGCCGGUACAGUGGGACCCGGCGCCGCUGCCGCCGGAGGCUCGAUGGCGGGGAUCGUGGUGAAAGAGGAUGCCACGAAGAUAUUCACGGAGAAUAUACAGACCAGUGGAGCUUAUAGUGCCAGGGAAGAGAGUUUGAAGAGGGAGGAGGAGGCAGGAAGGCUCAAGUUUGUGUGCCAUUCAAAUGAUGAUAUUGAUGAGCAUAUGGUUUGGUUGAUAGGAUUGAAGAAUAUUUUUGCAAGGCAAUUACCCAACAUGCCCAAGGAGUACAUUGUCCGUCUUGUUAUGGAUAGAAGCCAUAAAUCCGUAAUGGUUAUCCGGCGUAAUCUGGUUGUUGGUGGUAUCACAUAUCGCCCAUAUGCCAGCCAAAGGUUUGGGGAGAUAGCUUUUUGUGCAAUCACAGCUGAUGAACAAGUAAAAGGUUAUGGCACCAGGCUGAUGAAUCAUUUAAAACAGCAUGCCCGUGACAUGGAUGGGCUAACCCAUUUUCUGACAUAUGCUGACAAUAAUGCUGUGGGCUAUUUUAUCAAACAGGGUUUUACUAAAGAGAUCCACUUGGAGAAAGAUCGAUGGCAAGGGUAUAUAAAAGACUAUGAUGGAGGAAUCCUUAUGGAGUGCAAAAUUGAUCAAAAGCUUCCAUACACUGAUUUAUCAACUAUGAUUCGCCGUCAGAGGCAGGCAAUUGAUGAAAAAAUUAGAGAGCUCUCGAACUGUCACAUUGUGUAUCCUGGAAUUGAUUUUCAGAAGAAGGAAGCUGGUAUUCCCAAGAAAAUCAUCAAAGUUGAGGAUAUCCCUGGAUUGAGGGAGGCUGGGUGGACUCCUGAUCAGUGGGGCCAUUCACGGUUUAGAACUUUAAGUGCCUCUACAGACAGUGCCACAAAUCAAAAACAUUUGACUGUAUUCAUGCGCUCGCUUCUGAAGUCGAUGCAUGACCAUGUUGAUGCUUGGCCAUUCAAGGAACCAGUUGAUGCACGAGAUGUCCCUGAUUAUUAUGAUAUCAUCAAAGAUCCAAUGGAUUUGAAGACGAUGUCGAAGAGGGUAGAGUCUGAGCAAUAUUAUGUAACGUUUGAGAUGUUUGUGGCGGAUGUUAAAAGGAUGUUUGCCAAUGCAAAAACCUACAACUCUCCCGAGACCAUUUAUUACAAAUGUGCAACCAGGUUGGAAAGCCACUUUCAAAGCAAAGUUCAAUCAGGUCUCCAAUCUGGUCCAAAAAAUCAGCAGUGACGAAUUCAAUAUAGGUAGUGUCGAUUCUUCCGCUCUGCCUCCUGAGUCCUCUCCCCCAUUCAUUGUAAUCUUUUCGAAGAAGGUGUCUGCUUGGUAGAUCAUGUCAUGGGUAAGGCUGAUUGUUAUAAUUCGGUGAUGUUCACGCAAAAUAUAUUGUAUUUGUUGUACGAGCCUUAAAGAAAUAAUGUAACUUGAUUGAACAUCA